CCGAAACCAGCAACUAGCUCUUCUCAGCUCUCCUAGCUCUCACACUCCGUCCAGUGCCGCCCCCAGUUUCAAACCGACCCAAACGCGCGGGCAGAGCUGACUGACCGAGCGAGUGGCAAAAUGGUAAGCCGGAUCGCCGACGAGAAGCCGCAGCCGCAGCUGUUGUCCAAGAAGGCCAGUUGCAACAGCCACGGCCAGGACUCGUCCUACUUCCUGGGGUGGCAGGAGUACGAGAAGAACCCCUACGACCCCGUCUCUAACCCCGCCGGCAUCAUCCAGAUGGGCCUCGCCGAGAACCAGCUAUCCUUCAACCUGCUGGAGUCGUGGCUAGAGGCCAACCCGGACGCGCUCGCGCUCCGGCGGGAAGGCGCCUCCGUCUUCCGCGAGCUCGCGCUCUUCCAGGACUACCACGGCAUGCCGGCAUUCAAGAAUGCAUUGGCGAGGUUCAUGUCAGAACAGAGGGGGUACAGGGUGGUGUUCGACCCGAGCAACAUCGUGCUCACCGCCGGCGCCACCUCGGCCAACGAGGCGCUCGUGUUCUGCCUCGCCGACCACGGGGACGCCUUCCUCAUCCCCACUCCAUACUACCCAGGGUUCGACCGCGACCUCAAGUGGCGUACCGGCUCCGAGAUCGUCCCCGUGCACUGCAAGAGCGCGGACGGCUUCCGUGUGACGCGUACCGCGCUGAACGACGCAUACCGCCGCGCCCAGAAGCGGCGGCUGCGCGUCAAGGGCGUGCUCAUCACCAACCCAUCCAACCCGCUCGGCACCACGUCCCCGCGCGCCGACCUCGAGAUGCUCGUCGACUUCGUCGCCGCCAAGGGCAUCCACCUCGUCAGCGACGAGAUCUACUCUGGCACGGCCUUCGCCGAGCCGGGCUUCGUCAGCGUCCUCGAGGUCGUGGCCGCACGCGGCGGCGCGGAUGUGUCGGACCGCGUGCACGUCGUGUACAGCUUGUCCAAGGACCUCGGCCUCCCUGGCUUCCGCGUGGGCGCCAUCUACUCCUCCAACGCCGCCGUCGUCUCCGCGGCGACCAAGAUGUCCAGCUUCGGUCUCGUCUCGUCCCAGACGCAGCACCUGCUCGCCAUGCUCCUCAGCGACAAGGACUUCACCCGCAAAUACAUCGCGGAGAACAAGCGGCGGAUCAAGGAGCGGCGCGACCAGCUCGUGAAGGGCCUCAGGGCGAUCGACAUUGGUUGCCUGGAGAGCAACGCCGGUCUGUUCUGCUGGGUGGACAUGGGCCACCUGAUGCGCAGCCGGUCGUUCGAGGGGGAGAUGGAGCUGUGGAAGAAGGUGGUGUUCGAGGUGGGGCUCAACAUCUCCCCGGGCUCCUCGUGCCACUGCCGCGAGCCCGGCUGGUUCCGCGUCUGCUUCGCCAACAUGUCCCCCAAGACGCUCGACGUCGCCCUGCAGCGCCUUGGUGCCUUCGUGGAGGCCGGCAAGGGUCUGCGCCGCGCCCCCGCCAGGAGCGUGUACCACCGGUUCGCCACCAAGUGGGCGCUCCGGCUCACCCCGGCCUCCGCCGACCGGAAGGCCGAGCGGUAGCCGGCCGGCUAAAUAAUGCUCAGCCACGUCCAUUACUCGGCAGCAGCACACCACUAGUAGUAAUAGGAGAUUAUUCCUUAUUUGGUACUUGUAAUUUUGUGGUAUAUACUGCCAUUUUUCCUCGCAGCGCCGGCGCCGAGGUGCUGAGGGCCGCUGUUGUAUUAGGUAGCAGGAGGUAACGAUCGGUCCAUGCACAUGCACCCGUCCCCGUCUGGCAUCGCAUCGUGUAUUUUUUGACUGGAAUUUCUCCUGGAUUUUCCGGUUGUUUGGUGUACGCAGUCGCUGUAUGUCAUUAUUACGAUGAUGAUUAUUGGUUACUGGUCAAUAAAGAAGUUUCAGAUAUAUUGUAUACUA